CGCCGACGGCAUUCGAUGUGAGUCAUUUUCCAGUACGAGUUGUAAGCAAUCUUAGUGCGGUCUUUCUCUAGUUUCCUUCAUCGCUUAACCUUCUCGCCCGUUCGACUCGUUUCCACGAUGGCGCCGAAAGAGGCAUCGAAGAAGGCGGAGAAGAAGCCCGUGAAGGCGGAGAAGAAGGUAGUGAAGGAGGGUGGUAAAAAGAAGAAGAUAAAGAAGUCGACCGAGACGUACAAGAUGUAUAUCUAUAAGGUGCUGAAGCAGGUUCAUCCCGACACCGGUAUUUCCAGCAAGGCCAUGAGUAUAAUGAACAGCUUCGUCAACGAUAUUUUCGAGAAGCUGGCGGCGGAGUCGUCGAGGCUAGCACGGUACAACAAGAAGCCAACGAUUACGUCUCGGGAAAUUCAGACUGCUGUGCGUCUUAUCUUGCCAGGGGAGCUAGCGAAGCAUGCGGUGUCAGAGGGGACGAAGGCUACGGAGAAGGAAGAAGAAGAACGUCGAUUGAAUGAAAAGAGGGAAAGGGAAGCUCUCAACAAGAAGCUCCACGAUGCGAUGAAUGCUAGGCUAGAUGAGAUGUACGAAGUAGUACAUGGUCAGAAGCGCAGUGGUAAUGACGGCGCGCCUACGAUGGAGAAGCUAUUGAAGGAAAUUGAGAAGUUACAAUUGGCGCAGAGUACGGUAGUCAGGAACGAUGGUGCUUCUACGAGUAGACCUCCUAUUCGUGAUGAUGCACUGCUUGCUAAGAUGAUGCAAGAGCAUGAGGAUAUGAAGGGGAAACUUGAGACGGCAGCGGUGGUUAACAAACGCGUGGAGUUGUUGGAAGAGUCAGUCAAGGCGGUUAAACAGCAACAUGAACAUGCACUGCAGGAGGCAGAAAUUUGGAAGAAGGAGGCACUUCGAUAUGGUAAUAAGCGGAGCUGGUUGGCAACGUCUCUAUCGUCUCAACUGAAGAUGCCCUUAACUACACCCCGGAAGUCAACCUUGGAGAGACCUUUCGUUGACCCAAAUCAGUUGGCACAAUUGCAUACGUUGGAAGUCAACGCUCUUAAGGAGAUGCGACUGCAGGAGUUGAACCGGCGAUGCGAGGCCGAACAGGAGAAUGCUCGACUGAAAGAAAAACUUGCUAAGCGUGAUGCAGAACGAGAGGCACCGAAGUCCGUCUUCCAACAACGUUUGGAUGCAGCAGGUGGUUCGGUUGCGAAGAGUGGACGCGGAUAGCCAAAGGGUCGUGAGAAAGGGACAUUUUCUUAAGAGAAGCUCGAAAAGAACUUGGCAAGAAGAAGAAAGACGACUUGGUGGGAAUUUGCAUGAAAGAGGGGAUCAAGUACAGUACCGUUGGGUGUACAGAAAGAAAGCGGUUGUUCACGAGGUAUCGAAGGAUACCGGUGAUGACAAUAAGGAUGAUGGGAGGGACUUCGCAGAUUCUUAGGGUCCCUCCCGAGCGUGACGCGUUUGUGGUUGAUAGCUAAUGCUUGUGUUCGAUUUCGCUCCACUUCUAUUAUUAAUCUUCGAUGUAAGAAGGUUGAUGCUCUUUUUAGAGUGGUGGUAGUUGCUUUGAUCU